AUGGUUAAUUCUCAUCACUUGACAUCACAUUCACUUUACACCAAAUCGAACAGCAUGGGUAAAAAGGCCAUUGACUCACGUAUCCCAGCAUUGAUCCGUAAUGGAGUGCAAGAGAAACAAAGAUCGUUUUUUAUUAUUGUUGGUGACAAGGCCAAAAACCAACUACCUAACUUGCACUAUUUGAUGAUGAGUGCUAAUCUCAAAAUGAACAAGUCCGUGUUAUGGGCCUACAAGAAGAAACUAUUGGGCUUUACCUCUCACAGACAAAAGAGAGAGGCAAAGAUUAAGAAGGACAUUAAAAGGGGAAUCAGGGAAGUUAAUGAUCAAGAUCCGUUUGAAGCAUUCAUUUCGAAUCAGCAUAUAAGAUAUGUCUACUAUAAAGAGACUGAUAAGAUAUUGGGUAACACAUAUGGGAUGUGUAUCUUACAAGACUUUGAGGCGAUGACACCUAACUUGUUAGCCAGGACAGUUGAAACAGUUGAAGGUGGAGGUUUAGUCGUGAUAUUGUUGAAAAAUAUGACUUCGUUGAAACAACUUUACACCAUGAGUAUGGAUAUCCACUCGAGGUACAGGACCGAGGCUCACGAUGAUGUGGUUGCUAGGUUUAACGAGAGAUUUUUGUUGUCUUUAGGGUCAUGUGAAAACUGUUUAGUCGUGGAUGACGAGUUGAAUGUGUUGCCAAUAUCAGGAGGCAAACAUGUUAAACCGUUACCAUCAAAAGAUGACGACGAGUUAACACCAAGGCAGGAAGAACUUAGAGACUUGAAGGAGAGUUUGGCCGACGUUCAACCGGCAGGGAGCUUAGUCAAUCUAGCCAAGACCAUAAACCAGGCACAAGCUAUUCUCACCUUUAUUGAUGUCAUUGUUGAAAAGACUUUGAGAAGUACCGUAACAUUGACUGCAGGUAGAGGGCGUGGUAAAUCGGCUGCUUUAGGUAUCGCAAUUGCCGCGGCGGUGUCACAGGGAUAUUCAAACAUUUUUGUCACCUCGCCUUCACCAGAAAACUUAAAGACCUUGUUUGAAUUUGUAUUCAAAGGCUUUGAUGCUUUGGGAUAUACCGAGCAUUUGGACUACGACAUCAUUCAGUCGACAAACCCUUCCUUCAAUAAAGCUAUCGUUAGAGUAGAUAUCAAAAGAGAGCAUAGACAAACUAUUCAGUACAUUUCUCCGACUGAUAACCAUGUUUUGGGCCAGGCUGAGCUUUUGAUCAUAGAUGAAGCAGCAGCUAUCCCAUUACCGGUUGUCAAAAAAUUGAUGGGUCCGUAUCUUGUGUUUAUGGCCUCUACCAUCAAUGGUUAUGAAGGUACAGGUAGAUCAUUAUCAUUGAAAUUGAUCCAGCAAUUGCGUAAUGAACAACAAAUGAACAAUGCCCCAGCAGGCACUGAAAUUGUUUCAAGAGAUAAAAAGCUGACUGAUAUUGGCGGAUCAUUGACCAGGAAUUUGAAGGAAGUCGUCUUGGACGAGCCAAUCAGAUAUGCUCCUGGAGAUCCAGUGGAGAAAUGGUUAAACAAAUUGUUGUGCCUUGAUGUUUCAUUAUCCAAGAAUGCAAAAUUUGCCACAAAGGGAACACCACAUCCAUCUCAAUGUAAUUUGUUUUACGUUAAUAGGGAUACAUUGUUUUCAUACCAUCCAGUUUCAGAAGCUUUCUUGCAAAAGAUGAUGGCUUUGUAUGUGGCUUCUCACUAUAAGAAUUCACCCAAUGAUUUACAGUUGAUGUCUGAUGCACCCGCACAUCAGUUGUUUGUUUUAUUACCACCAAUCGAAGAAGGUGAUAACAAGAUUCCCGACCCAUUAUGUGUUGUACAAUUAGCUUUAGAAGGUGAGAUAUCAAAAGAAAGUGUGAGAAAGUCGUUAAGUAGAGGACAGAGAGCAGGUGGUGAUUUGAUUCCAUGGUUGAUCUCACAGCAAUUUCAAGACGAAGAAUUUGCUUCAUUGUCAGGAGCCAGGGUUGUCAGAAUUGCCACAAAUCCUGAAUACUCUGGUAUGGGCUAUGGUUCAAGAGCAAUGGAGUUGUUGCAGGACUAUUAUUCUGGAAAAUUUACCGACAUAAGCGAGUCUUCAACUCUCAAUGAUACAACUUUAACUCGUGUUAGUGAUAAAGAGUUGGCCAACGCAUCGUUAAAGGAUGAGGUCAAAUUAAGAGAAGCAUCGUCUUUGCCGCCAUUGUUGUUGAAACUUUCUGAAAAAGCGCCAUAUUAUUUGGAUUACCUUGGUGUAUCUUAUGGUUUCACUUCACAAUUGCACAAAUUUUGGAAAAAGGCUGGUUUCACUCCAGUUUAUUUAAGGCAAACAGCUAAUGAGUUGACAGGAGAGCACACGGCAGUUGUUUUGAAUAUUUUGCCCGAUAGGGAGAGCAAAUGGUUGCACGAAUUUUCAAAAGAUUUCCACAAACGAUUCUUGCAGUUAUUAUCAUACGAGUUUAAAAAGUUUCAAGCGUCUCAGGCAUUGGGUAUUAUUGAAGCGGCCGAGCUAGGAGAAGGAGAACAUACCAUUAAGCCAUUGACUAAAGACCAGCUUGACGACUUGUUGUCGCCGUUUGAUUUAAAGAGGUUGGAUUCGUAUGCAAACAACUUGUUAGAUUAUCAUGUUAUUGUUGAUAUGUUGCCGCUUAUUGCUCAAUUGUAUUUUUCUAAAAGAACUGAAAAUCAAGUCAGUUUGUCAUCUGUUCAAUCAGCUAUAUUAUUGGCAAUUGGUUUACAGCAUAAAAAUAUCGAACAAAUAGCAAGCGAGCUCAAUUUGGCCACUAAUCAAGCGAUGGCGAUGUUUGCCAAGAUUGUCAGAAAGUUUUCAACAUACUUUAGAAACGUCUUGACAAGAGCAAUUGAGGAACAAAUGCCAGAAGUGGAUGACGAGCGUAUUAAGGAAAUGGAAGGAGAUGUAGAGGAAGAAGUGGACUACAAUGAAAUUGAACAAAAUUUGCACGAUGAUUUGGAAGAAGCUGGAGAUGAGGCCAUUGCCGAGAUGAGAGAAAAGCAAAGGGAAUUGAUUAAUGCUUUGAACUUGGACAAGUAUGCAAUUGCUGAAGAUGGGGAAUGGGAUGAGAAAUCGAUGUCAAAGGCAGUCAAAGGUAAAUCUAAUGGAACUGGUGUCGUUUCAGUUAAGAAGGGUAAAAGAAAGUCAGGAGAAAGUGCUGGGGACAUUUACGAACAGGAAAUGAAGGCAGUUAAAAAGGGCAAAAAGGGAAAGAAGUAA